AUGGUGGGCACAAUGGUGACGACCCUGAGUGACGAGGGUAUCGAUGAUGACGAGCUGAGAGACAUGCAGCCGCAGCGUCAAAACGACCAUUGGUCCUGCGGAAGCAUGGGACGCCCCAGCUCUCCAUCCUGUGGGAACUCCCGAGAUGCCAGAUGGGACUUCCAAGAAGAUGCAUCCCUCCACGAGUUCUCCAGCGCCCAACCCCGCAACGACCAGCUACCGGAGACCGUCCCGAUUCCAUCCCAACUGGAGAUGCACAAUGGAGCCAUCAAGACCACCGAGAAGAGCAACUAUUUGGACAUCUCUGAGACGUGCUCAACAGCUCGUAGAAGCACACCUUGUGUCGGCUCUGACUUGGAUCAUCCGUGGGACUUCAUUCAUGAACGAUCGGAGGUAUCACACUUGUCUGCCUCUGACGCUGACGAGCCCGCUGCUCCUGCUGUCGAGCAGCCUGAUAAGGCGUCGAGGAGCGCCGGAGCACCGCAAACCACAAAUCCGGAGCAGCAGAAGAAGAAGGCCUACAAUACUCGAUCAAGGGCCAAUAUUUCGUACAUGGAUGGGUUGAGUAGCUCUGACGAGGAUGCCCCUGAUGCUGCUGCAUCCCCGGACAAAGCACCUCGACCCCCGGCUCAGAAGACAGCCAAGAAAGCCAGCCCUAUCAAAGUCAGUGGUCCAAUUCCUACAAAGAGCAUAUCCCCGAAGGAUAACCAACCGGCGGCACGGGCCGAAAGCGAAAGUCCCCAAACGGGAGAAAGGAGGAAAAAGAGACAGCGCCGCAAAACACCACUCCCCAUAGACGAAGAGACACAGACUGUCCAAGCCAAGCUUCCCGCUACUCCUCCCGUGUCGGAGCAGAGGCCAAAGAAACGCCUCAAGCGUCAGCCCCGACGCCUUCUGACUCUGGAAAAAUCACAACCUCGCACCAAGAACAAGAAGCAAAAAAACGCGUCUCCCGUACCUAUACUAGUUGCUACCUCUCCAGAACUUGGUUCCGAGCAGCCCGCCCAGGAGCCACAAAGCCCUAGCAGUGCGAAUGGGCGAUCCGCAAGUCAUAGCAAUGAUUCUGUGGCGGUUGUCGAUCGGGAUGAUGAAGAGGACGACGGGAGUAGCUUGUCAGACUCGUCCCUUUCAACAGAGUUGACUACACCAAGCGCUAUACCAAGCCUGCGACGUGUCUCGAGUUUUCAGAUCCCUGUUGUGCCGCCUCAUCAACCACUUCCAUUGCCCCCGCCUUCCCCCUCCGUGUUCAAACAAGUGCGAGACUCUAUCGAAUUGAUACCAAGUACUCGCCCUCCGUUCAUUAGCGAGUUGUCUACUGUCAUGUCGCGAAAUGCCUCGAAGCGCGACGAGGACAUUGGUCAACGGUUGGAAGAAAUCCACAAGCGAGUUGGCUUGUAUCUCGAAGACAAGGAAAAAGAGGUUGGCGCCGUCCGCUCCGUAUACCUCAAGAACGGCACGCGCUGCGUAGACCGUCUCAGGAAUCGGUUUUCGAAAGAGCGCAACAAUCUCCUACAGAAACUCCACGAAGAUAGAGAUACGUUUAAUACAUCACUGGCUGCUGCGAAGCGUAGCCUUCGUGAAGGGGCCAGAGAUCGGCAAAGGGUUUUGAAGGAACUGGACCGGAAUGCCAACAAGCGACAGCAGUCUUGCUCCAACGAAGUCAUUCGUAUCAAGGAAAUUGCCAAGAGAAUACAGAUUCGAGGUUAA